AUUAAAAAAUGGCUGAGAACGAUACUAUUGAGCCUUCUGCCUACUUCUUUGGAUAUAUUGGAGUUGCAUCUGCAGUCGUUUUUGCCAAUUUGGGAUCCUCAUAUGGUGCUACAAAAUCUGGUGUCGGAAUUUGCUCAAUGGGUGUUUUAAAACCAGAUUUGAUUAUGAAGUCUGUUAUUCCAGUUGUCAUGGCUGGUAUUCUGGGAAUCUAUGGGAUGAUUGUUGGUGUUAUUUUGUAAGGAAAAGUUUCAUCAAUUACAGCACAAUCAGCUUCAAAAUAAGGAUAUGCUUAUUUAUCAGCUGGAUUAUGUUGUGGACUGAGCUCUUUAGCUGCAGGAUUAUCAAUUGGUAUUGUUGGUGAUGCAGGAGUCAGAGCAAACGCCUAAUAAGAUAGAAUUUUCGUAGGAAUGAUUUUGAUUUUGAUUUUUGCAGAAGCUUUGGCAUUGUAUGGGCUUAUUGUGUCCUUGAUUUUAUCAUAAACAUCAUGAGUAUUAUUAAUAAAGCACAAAUAUAAAGAUAAAUCCAUAUGAAAUACAUAUAUAAUAA